UCCUCUUUGAAAAGGGGCCAUGUUUUGUGUGCAAUACUAUUCAAAGAAUCAUUGAAUUUGAACUUUUGAAGGAAAAGAAAAGAGAGACAACCCAUCAUUGCCAUUGUUUUGCAUUGCCCAUUGUUCUAUUCGGAAACUAGGUCCUGAUAUAUAUAGCCAUUGUUUAUAUAAAACACCUUUGGUUGUUGGUUUUUAUAUAUAGACCGAGGUGAAACGGGGUUUGGUGAUUUGGGUUGUAAAGGUUUUGAUUGAUUUGUGAGAUUCGAGAUGGCUGCUGCUGCUGCUGGUGUGAUUGGAGGAAAUGGGUCUUCCUGGAUUAACCAGUUUAAGGAUAAGUCAUCGAGGAAGAAGAAGACGGUGAACAGGGCUAUGGUUUCCUGUGUUUCUUCUUCUGUGAUGGAUCCGUAUCAGACUUUGAGGAUCCGACCCGGUGCCUCUGAAUCUGAGGUCAGGAAGGCUUUUAGACAGCUUGCCUUGCAGUAUCAUCCAGACGUAUGUAGAGGAAAUAAUUGUGGAGUUCAGUUUCACGAAAUCAAUGAAGCUUAUGAUAUUGUCAUGACCAAUUUGAGAGAAGAAACGACUCCAUUACAGAUGUAUGAGACUUAUGAUGAAGGAGAGGAUGAUUCGAUGAGAGGAAUGAACGAUCCAGAUUAUGAUAUGUGGGAGGAAUGGAUGGGAUGGGAAGGAGCUGGUAUUAGGGACUACACAUCUCAUAUCAAUCCUUACAUUUAAAGAAGAAUCAAUUUGUAAUUAAUCAAUAGAUGGUUCAAGCGUUAUCCAAAUCCUUUACAACCUGAAUGGUUGUUCCUGUAUAUAAUCGAAGCAAGGAUAUAAAUAUCCUUUUUGUACAUAUAUCUCAUGCUAGAGGUGAUCCCCCGGCAUUUUACAAAUGAAAAUUUCCCAAGAGUUUCCUUCUUA